UCUUUGUCUCGCUCGGAACACCGAGCUCUUUGCAUUCUGGCUCGCGGCCUAGAGCAGCGUAGCUUUCGGCUUUGCCUAUACUGCCAGGCUGCCACCCAAACAGCCAAUGCGACAAAGUUCCCUCCCGUAAUCGGCAGUAUCCCGUAUGAGGCCCACAAUAUACUGUGCCUAUGCGGCGGUCAUGCAAGGUCAUAAUUGACAAUACCGCUAUUUCGCUACCAACAAAACAGAAACAAUGCGGGAUCCCAUCGAGGUGCAUCUUUAAAAUGAACCGCCUCCCUUAAUCCGAGUCAAAAUGAAUUUAGCUAAGCACGCUAAAUUCGAGAACAUCACAAGGCAAAAUGGCUGCUCAAGAGGAUGUCGAAAAAUCGUCAACCCGGGCUGAAGCGGUUGAACCAAUUGUCGACGCUAAGAAUGAGGAAACAGAUCCUUAUUUAGUGACUUGGAAUGGUGAUAAUGAUCCUGAGCACCCUUUUAAUUGGCCUUUGCCGCGAAAAUGGGCAAUUACUAUCCUACUUUCGAAUGGAGGGUUGGUCACUCUCAUGUCUGGUGCGAUGCUAGCACCGGCUCUUCAGAGCAUAGCAGCAGACCUUCAGACCGGUGAAGAAGAGACACAGAUAUUUCUAAGUAUCUUCGUUUUAGCUUUUGCUUUCGGUCCUAUGGUCCUCUCGCCGCUUGCCGAAGUUUUCGGGCGCCGGCCGGUUUGGAUUAUCUCAAGUUGCUUCUACAUACUUUGGAAUACGGUCGCAGGGUUCGCAACUACCCCUGGGCUGAUGAUUGCGAGUCGCAUUCUAUCAGGAAUCGGAGCUAGCGCUGAGUUCGCUAUAUCUAACCCAGUCCUUUCCGAUACUUGGGUACCUGCGCAACGUGGAGCGUCAUUUACCGUGGCGACAUUCGUCCCUCUUCUAGGACCAGCAAUUGGGCCGAUCGUCGGCGGUGCCGUUACACAGUCAAUUGGAUGGAGAUGGACAUUCUGGAUCCUGUCAAUAUACGAUGGACUUCUUGUAGUCAUAGCAAUAUUCAUCUUCACAGAAACGUACGAAGUCAUCUUGCUCAAUAGAAGGGCAGCCAAGUUACGGAAGGCCACCGGAAAUCCUUACUAUACCAACACACACGGCGCAUCCGAAACGCUGAAGGAUAGACUCUCUCGGUCUCUAACCCGACCAAUACGCCUACUCUUAACGCAACCCAUCCUACAAGUCGUCGCAAUAUUCCUAGCUUACAACUUCGGCAUGCUCUACCUUGUCUUGUCGACAUUUGCAAGUCUGUGGAUUGAUCGAUACGGCCAAACCGAGACCCAAAGCGGAUUGAAUUAUAUCGCUCUCGUCAUCGGCUAUACUAUCGCAGCGCAAGUUGGUGGUAGAGUCAUGGAUCGCCUAUGGGCAUAUCUAAAAGCCAAGGCUGGUAAUAAUACCGCUCCGGAGUAUCGAGUGCCUUUGAUGGUUCCCGGUGCCAUUCUGAUUCCUCUAGGACUACUUUUCUACGGAUGGACAGCGGAAAGACAACUGCAUUGGAUAGUCCCAGAUAUCGGCAUUGCUAUCCUCGGCUGUGGCAUCAUCAACAACACACAGUCCCUACAAGCAUAUGUAAUGGAUGCAUAUAGCCAGUACGUCGCCUCAGCGUCAGCGGCUUCACAGUUCCUGCGUAGCAUAGCUGGCUUCGCCUUUCCCAUUUUCGCACCAGCCAUGUACCAAGGCCUAGGUUACGGUUGGGGAAAUAGCGUCCUCGCGCUCGUAUUUGUCGUUAUUGGGUGGCCUGCCCCUUUUCUCUUAUGGAAAUACGGUGCUACAUUGAGGGCGAUGGGGAAGGCACAGCAUUGACCAGUAACCACAUUGAUAUACAAGAAAAAUGCACUGGGUUGUUUGCUGGGUAGUCGUGGAGGAACAUUUCAAUUUUCGUCCGAUUUACGGCGCCUAUAAAGUAUCUACCCGACUGAGAGAAGUGAAUUGUCUGCUUCAAUGAUUCCACAAUGUACACGAAUCAAACAUCUUUCCCUCCCAUCAUAAUAAUAUAUACAUAUUUAAACCUUGGAGAUUUAAUAUACAUGCCUUGGCAACUAGAA